CCCUCGACGAAAACAACACCAGUGGCAACUCGACGUCACAGCAAAGGCCUCUUGACUCGCCUCCUCUUCUGUUUUACUCUCGUGUUUUCCUUUCCUUUUAUUCGUCGCUCGUUGUCCUCGGGAGAGAAAGGAACUAUGGCGGAGAACAUCUUCCUCUUCGUGCCCAAUUUGAUCGGGUAUGGCCGCAUCAUCCUGGCACUCCUGUCAUUCUACUACAUGCCGCACAACCAUGUCAUGGCUGCGGCAAUGUACCUCUUGUCAGGAUUUUUAGAUGCCUUUGAUGGACAUGCGGCCAGGUUGCUCAACCAAGGCACCAAGUUUGGAGCAAUGUUGGAUCAGUUGACGGAUCGCUGCGGCACCAUGUGCUUGUUGGUGACACUGAGCCAUUUCUACCCAGAUUACAUGUUCUUCUUCCAGCUGUCCAUGGCCAUAGAUAUUGCCUGUCACUGGCUGCAUCUGCACACGACCGUCAUGGCUGGACGCACAAGUCACAAAUCCCAGGAGGCCAACACCAACCCCAUUCUCCGCAUCUACUACACCUCCCGCACUGUCCUGUUCUUCAUGUGUGCAGGAAAUGAGCUGUUCUAUGCAUCUCUCUACCUCCUCCACUUCACCGAAGGUCCCAUCAUCGCCGGAAUGGGACUCUGGAGGGCUUUGUCGUUUGGUCUUUUGCCUGUGGCCAUUCUGAAGCUGGUCUUGGCCCUCAUGCAAGGCUACGAGGCAGCCAUCGCCCUGGGAGGCAUUGACGUGCGGGAGAGGCAGGAGGCUGCAAGCAAGAACAAGUAAAUGGGAGCAAAGAGACAUGCAUUCCCUCAUUUACCUUCUUUUUUUUUUUUAAUUAAUUUUUUCGUUCUUACUCAUAAUGAUGUUAUCAAAUUCCCUUUAUGGAAUGGGAUAUUUUAUAAGCAGCAAAUUAAAUGUCAGGUAAUCUUUCAGUUCUGAAGAGAGGAACUGAAUCAGGUCAUGAACGUAAUGAUUUAUAGGUAAUGUAUGUAUGCAUGAUUUCGCCAAAGAUAUUUUCUUUAUUGUUUUGUUUUUGUUUAUUGUUUUACUGUUUGGCUUUCGUUUUUUUUCUUUGUGGUUUAUUUGUUGGGUAUUUUUGAUUACCUAAACAUGAACAAGGAAUAGGAGGACCACCUGCAUUGAUGAAAAAGAAGUGAAAAAUGGUAAACCUACAAAGUUCCUGAAAUUUACACGACAUGUUUGAAAGCCUGAUGUCCCAUGGCAGUAAACUGUUGUAUGAUUCUUACCUCAAAGUAUGAAUCUUAAACUUCAUAAUUGAGGUCUCAUAUGGUUGGCCAAGCUUGCGAUAUUUGUUAUGCCGAGCGUGUGUUAUGCCAAAACAAGAUACGCAAAGAAGGUACACACUUCUAUUCUGUAGAUAAAACCUCUUGAUUGGUUAGUUGUUAAGGAAACAUUCAUUCCCUUUGUGUUUGGUAAAGCUGUCAGUUGUUGGUUGAACCUAAUUUCAUUUUGGUAGUGAGAUGUAGAUUUAGGGUGUAUUGAAUACAUGUAUAUAUAUAUAUUUUUUUUUGCAUUACAGGAUUGAAACAGGGAAAGGAAAAUUUGAUUAUGCAGAUUGUUUAGAUAUGUAUGUGCAAUAUAUAUAUGAGAUAUUUUAGAUUUUUAUACUAUGGACAAGAUUUGUUGGUGUACUUGAAUAGAUUCUCAAGGUACUAAUGAAUAAAAUCAUAUUUUUUUAGAGGUAAUCUUGUGACAAUAAUACAUAAUAUUGUGGAAUAUACACUUACUUUGAAAGCUGUGGAGUCAAAAGUAAUAGCACAUGCGAUUUAAUCUUUGAUCAGUCAGUUGUGAACAUGCCAUAGGGAAAGGUUGAAAAUUAAUCCAUAAAGGGCGGAUGGUGUUCCACAAUAGCUGUCCAGAGAAUGGCUGGAUGACGUUUCAGAAAGCCUUCCUAUUCUGCGAGCCUUUUGCACGACGCAAGUGAUUGACGUAGCACCAGUGCAUCCCCCUCAGAACUAUCAGCUGCUAUGAGUGAUCCUGAUGAUGCACUGCAGUUGCUCUUGCAUCAUUCGGCACUGGUCACCCCAGGCAGAAAAUUAAUUCAGCUGAUUAAUUUGUGCUUGUGUUACGUGAUUUUAUAAUGCACUUGUUUUACUGAGAUUGCGUGUGACCUAUAUGAAUGUGAAAUCAGAGAGUUGCCUCUACUCUGUGAGCUAAGUCAGGUCAUGGAAAUUAAAGGUUUAAGGGUGAGAUAUUAGAAGAUACAAGUAACAUCUCUUUACCAGGUAUUUGUAUUAUACUGAUUUGCAAGUUGAAGAGGUUUCUGGAAGGUUAAAUUUGAUUUUUCAGAGGUGUAGUAAAAGCUCACUCACUCUCACUCUCACUCUCACUCUCACUCUCACUCUCACUCACUCCUUCUCACUUUCUCACUCAUAAACCAUUUAUAUACAAUUAUCUCAAAUAUAUAACAUUGCUGAAUUGAAAAAGAAGAAAGCCAUUCCAUUCUAGUCCUUAACCAUUGGUAUGUUCAUGCUACAACAGCUGUGAAUUUAUUUUGCCCGUAGUUCUAUAUUGCAUGAGAUAUUCCAUAACUGCAUAUCUAAUUUUACUUUUUCUGAGAAAAAAUAGAUACCUACAACUAGAGAUUAACCCCUCCCCCCCAUGGCAUCUUAACCCUGUGAUAGUGAGAGACUGUAUUGUGUUGGUCAUCGUCCCGUUUUAGUGUUAAUUGGUACUAACAAUCAAUGGCAUUUGUUAGAAAUAAGUAAACGAGCUUACCGUUAGUCAUUGAUAUGUUGUGUUUACUGUUUGCAGGGGAAUUAUUUUUUAUCUUUAGAGGCUGGUCUAUGGAUACAUGUAAUGUUAUUAGACGUAGGCCUAUGUGGGCCGCUGCAUCUUCUCGUAUGUUGUUGCAUAACAUGCCAAAAGGCCCGUCCUCAGAUAGGAUUUUGACGCGUUUUCCUUCGGGUGUUCAGCCUCUAGUCGCUAAGCCUCCUUAUCAAACCUAGUGCCAAAGAUUAGACCAGUUUCAAUUGCUAGUAGACUGUUAUUGGUUGAUGUUAUUUAUGUCUCUGUUGAAUUUGAUUUAUUUUUGAAAGAAAUUCCUCGAUGUUUGAAAUGAAUUCUUGGUUGCACAAUGCCUAUUCAUUUCUGAUUUUUUUUUUUUUUUUUAUGGAUAAUUUUUUUGGAUGAACUGUGAGAUUUUGACACUGCUGGUAUUUAUUAAACAAAGAGAAAGAAAAAGAAAUCAAAUAUUCAAAAUUCCAUAUUCCAAAUACAAGAGUGAUGUCUGGAUAUUUUCAUCAUUAGGAAACAGUGCUUACUUGGCUUCAUUUUCACGCUGUAGAUAACAUAUCAUGAAUGUUCUAGGUUGUUAACCCAUGACCAAAAAUAAUUUAAGCAAAUGACCAAAAAAAUUUUCUUACCUUCUUUAUUUUUUAGAUUUUCCAACGAUGUGUUCAGGGGAUUCCUUGUAUCGUCCCAACUUGUACUCAUUCCGCCGAAUUCCCGCGUUCUUUAAGUGUGUUGCCUUAGGUGAAGUAUUACAUGCGGUGGUCAGUGAUUAAGAAGAGGGUCUGCGGAUCACGUGCACUUCUCAAUUUAACUACUGACGUUAUGUACUUACAAAAGUAAGGAUCAUACCUGUAACAGGACUUGUAAACCCUGCUGAAUAAAUGUAGAUGAAAA